CUCUUCAAAAUCAAUUGAACUCUCCAUCACUCUUAUAUUCCUCUAAACCCUUUUUCAUAUCAUAAUUUCCCAAUACAUUGCUAAAACAAAAAACAAAAACCAUGCAAACCAAUGAAUUAACAGGACUCAAUUAUUUUCUCCCUAAUUCAAACACAUCACCUUAUCUUCAAAACCACAACAUGAUUCAAAACAACAUUCCAACAUUUCAACUCCAAAAAUUCUCAAACCAAUUAUUUAAUUACCAAAAUAUCCCUCCUCAUCAUCAAUUUCAUGACUUCAACAGCUCUCAAUCAUCAUGCAUAAGCAGCAACUCAACUUCUGAUGAAGCUGAUGAACAAAACUUAAGUCUCAUCAAUGAGAGAAAACAUCGAAGAAUGAUAUCGAACCGAGAGUCAGCGCGUCGAUCGCGCAUGAGGAAACAGAAACACCUUGAUGAACUAUGGUCACAAGUUGUUUGGCUGAGGAAUGAGAAUCAACAAUUGAUAGAAAAACUUAACCAUGUUUCAGAGAAUCAUGAUCAAGUUGUUCAAGAAAAUGCUAAGUUGAAAGAAGAAACAUUGGAACUUAGACAAAUGUUAAGAGAUAUGCAAAUACAAAGUCCUUUUAUUCCUUCUUUUAGCCCUUUGGAAGAUCAUAUCAAUUGUAACUCUGAAUUUCUUACACCUGAUUCUCCAAACAAUUCCAUCUCAAGUUCCAUGGAUGAUCUUCUUGGCUGAUUUGAACAAAAAAGGCCAAACUUUUAUCUAUUUGGUUUAAUUUCUUUA